UGUAAAUGUAGAAGCCUUGGUUUCCACCAACAAAAUAUUUGCGAAUUUUUAAAGAAAAGUGGUUUGUUCAACAUAGCGCAACACUAUGAAGGGAACUGAAUCAGACAAGCUGUUGAAAAUCUAUACGCAGUGCAUUAAUUUUGCUGCGAUCAAACACCGAAAUCAGCGCCGUAAAGACACGGAGGAAACCCCUUACAUCAACCAUCCGAUAGGGGUCGCACAAAUUCUAUCUGCCGAAGCCGGAAUAACCGAUUUCGAUGUGCUUCAGGCAGCUAUCUUGCAUGAUACAGUUGAAGAUACCGAAACGACAUUCGAAGAAAUUGAAACGCAUUUUGGUACCACCGUACGCUCGAUUGUACAGGAGGUAACGGACGACAAGACGCUUCCGAAGGAAAAGAGAAAGCUACUGCAAAUAGAACACGCACUUACCAUAAGCCAUCAGGCUAAGUUGGUAAAACUUGCCGACAAAAUUUACAAUCUACGCGACUUACAACGUUGCAAACCGCAGAACUGGACCGACGAAAGAUGCCGCGAAUAUUUCAUUUGGGCUAAACAAGUGUGUGAUAAUCUUAAAGGCACCAAUGAACCACUGGAACGCAUUUUGGAUGAUAUUUUUCGUCAGGAAAAAGUUAUUUAAUAUGAUCAUGUUUCAGCUGCUCUGAUAAGAUGGCACCAUUUGGGUGAAAGCAGUAAUAAUAAAGAAAUCUCUGUUGCAUAGCAUCAAUUAUGCCUUUUGAUGCUUCUUCAAGAAAUCGAGCAUGUACUGC